AUCGUACUUCUCGCGGAAGGUUUUCUAAGGACAAAUUUAAUAUUUAUAUAUUUUUAUAAGGGUUUUGUUUGGUUUUCCCGGCUGGCGGCGCCGGAAAACUUGCUCCGGCGGUGCAGAUUGUGUAAGAGUUGAAUUGAGGCUGCAAGGCCACGUGGAGGCGUUCAUUGUUUGGUGAAAAGCUUUUGAACUGAAGCUACUGAUCAAAUGUCUUUUCAGAACAGCAGUUUUUUGUUACGCUAUGGCUCUACUUCUCUGGCUGAUGGACAAAUGCAAUUUGAGACUUCUGUUAGAAUGGAUCAAAAGCGUGGCCACCGUUGGUUGAUGGGUGCUUCGGAGCAAGAGCUGUUUCUCAACAAAAAGCAAGCAAUAGAUCCUGAUCAAGGCACUUUGGAGCCAGGAUUUAUCAACAGUUCAUUGUGGCACAAUGUUUCUGGGUCUCAGACAGGCUAUCCAGCAAACAACCAACUGUUCUGCCCCAAGCUUCUCCGGAGUCCAUAUAUAUCUGAUAAGAGUAACCCCUCAGCCUCCCCUACUCUCGUGAACGUUGAAAAAAUCAGUUUUCAAAAUCAAUUUGGGAGUUCUUCAAAUUGCGCAUCCAUGCCUCAGGCAAUGGAUGAUACUGGACGAAGGGAAGUAGAACUCAAGAAGGUCAGCGUUUCAGAUGAUUGCUCGCCUGAGUUUGUAGGGAAUUCUUUCUACCCAAGGGAGAAGGAUAAACUAAUGAAUGCUGCGGAUCCAUCAACUGCCAUUUCCAUGAUUCCAGUAUCUACCUAUAAUUCCGAUAAUGGGAUUUCUCUUCCUGUGAAUCCUUCCUUGUGUAAGAUGGACAAAAGCUUAAUUUCAGACGAAUAUAAUGGUGGCUUGAUGCUCACCCACCAACUCUACAGCAGGAUUCUUAACAAUGCGCAAUCUGUUGGUCAGGCCUUCAUAAGAGGGAGUUCCAAUGUCAAUUCUUUCGGGGAGCAAUAUGCAAAGGAUGGCAGCUGUUUCAUGCCAAUCAGUGGUUCCGGCCAUGAGAAUCUGUUUUCAAAAUAUUCGUUUUACAAUAAAAUGAAUGAGGAGGUAUUCACUUCUGCAGGUUCUAGUUAUGACGCAGGAGACAGAAGCAUUGCUAUUUAUGGUCAGCAGGACGCUGCUGCUGUAUCACUAGGCGGACUCGUAAGCAAAGAGAAUUCUAACAUCCCGUCGCAGGUUGAAAAUUGUCGGAAGGGUAAACAAACUAUUACUACCAUAUCUUUUGGAGCCUCUCAAGAUGAUCCCAGGGAUAGAAAUCAUUUGGCAGAGCUUACAAACAGCUACCAUGUGGUGCUAAAUCAAUCGACUGAAGAUCUAAGUGCAAAUGUUAUCUCAGCCACUUCAAGAGCGCAGAAAGAACCGAAGAACAAAGAGAAAACAGUAAAACAAUCUCCGACUAACUUCCCAACAAAUGUUAAAAGCUUAUUAUCCACUGGCAUCCUUGAUGGAGUUCCGGUGAAGUAUGUCUCCUGGUCAAGAGAGAAAAAUCUUCGAGGCAUGGUAAAGGGUAUGGGCUACUUGUGUGGCUGCCAGGACUGCAACCUUACUAGGGUUGUCAAUGCUUAUGAAUUCGAGCGCCAUGCCGAUUGUAAAACCAAACACCCAAACAACCACAUUUACUUCGAGAAUGGAAAGACGAUAUAUGCAGUCGUACAAGAACUGAAGAGCACCCCUCAGGAAGUUCUCUUUGAAGCUAUGGAAACAGUGACCGGAUCGCCCAUUAACCAAAAGAAUUUCAGUACAUGGAAAGCUUCAUACCAAGCUGCGACUCGCGAGCUUCACCGGAUUUAUGGGAGGGAGGAAGUGGCCGUGCAAUCUUGAUGUCGACGACGACAAGGUUAGUGAGUAAAUGUUGUUUGAAUGGAAAAAGUUGUUUGUAUGUUGGACAAAUGUUUUUCGAUGGGAUUGGGAUUUUUGUUUUGCUACAGAAAUAUGAUUAAUUU